ACAAAAAUUUGACUUAAAUAUUAUUUUAUAACUAAAUAUAUUUACUGAAUUUGAUUUUUGCGAAUGGCUGGCAGUAAUGCCACCAAAAGUGUGUUAGGCGAAUUGGCGAAACGUGUGCCAAAUAAUCAAAAGAAACAAUUUCGUCAUUUUCUCGAUCUCAACACUGAAUACAAAAGGCGCGUGAAUAAAUACCCAGAAAAGUUGCCACGAAUCGAUUGGGAUUACUAUCGCACGAACGUAAGGAUAGAAGCCAUUAAAAUGGUGGAUGAAUUCGAGAAAAAAUACGAAGAGUUGAAUAAGGUGUUCGAUGAUCGUGUGAAAUUGGACACGAAGAAAUACUACGAAGAGCUGGAAAAGCAGAGAGCAGUAGUGCAGGCACAAGUGAAGCAGUACAUCAUUGAAUCAAACGAACGUGUGAAAGCUUAUGAAGCUGAAAUAGAACGACUUUGUAAAAUGAAACCUUAUUCAUCAAUGACUAUGGAAGAGUUUAUUAACUUGCGCCCUGAGUGCUCAAAUUAUAUACCGCAUCAACGUAAGCCUCUCUUUUGGCCGCACGAUCCAGACGAACAGACACCUGGACCGGUCGGUCUGCCGAAAGCAGACGGUGAUCGCGGAGGAGGUGAUUCUGGUGGUAGGGGCGGUAGGCAGCCUAUUAAACCGCGUGACAUUAAAGACAGCACGGAAAGUUUCGAAUUCAGGGAAAUUGAGGCGAAACCAUCUAAAGAUACACACCAAAUUGUGGCACUCAAAUCAGAAGCUGAGUCAGAAAAAAAGCCGCAGGAUAAGCCCACAGAAGAAAUUAGUUCAAAAAGUGUAGGAGAACCAAAACCUUAUGUAGGUAAACCCAUUUCAGAGGAGGAGAGACAGAAACUUGAUCCAUGCGGGCUAAUCAAAAAACAAGCAAAACAAGAGAAAGCUGAAGCCACUACGCCACCCCAAGAACAGAAGCCACAAAAAGUUGAUAUAGAAAGAGAGCCGCGAAAGAAGUCGCACCCAUGUGAUUUGGUAAAAACGAAACCAGAGCCCACCGCUAAAGGAGACGACAUCUGCAAUACUGCAUCUAAGGGACCUUAUAAAGAUGAAGCGAAGCGUACCUCCGUUUUCAUGGAUCCAUGCAAUGUUGGAUUUGGAAAGAAAGCAGAUGUUAAGCCAGCGCUUGUAAAAGCUGAACCUAAAACAGAGCCUGAAUCACAACCAGUGGAAUCUAAAACAUCACACCCGUGCGAUGUAGUCAAGAAGAAAGCUGACGCCAAGAACGAUACAUGUAAGAGUGCCUCAGUAAAAGAUCAAUCUAAAGGCGGAAAAGGCACCAGGGUCUUCUUUGAUCCAUGCAAUGCUGGAUCUGGCGCUGGGGUAAAAGGAGAUGUUAAAGCAGCAGACAAAGAGACUUCACAGUGCGAGAAAGUGAAGAAAAAACCGGAAAACGAAAAAGAUUCAUGUAAGAGUACGACAAAAAAUGAGCACCCUAAAGAUGGUAAAGAUAAGACCCGCGUAUUUGAGCAUCCAUGCAGUUUUGGACCGCACUCGAAAGCAGCUGAUUCAAAGGAGAAGACUACAUCUGAUACUAAGCCAUGUACUUUGGAAGUGAUUAAACCAAAAGAUGUUAAAAAAACACAACCGUGUGAUGACGCAGAGAGGCCAAAAGCUGGAGCCGAUAUAAUAAAGGACAAAAACAAUUUCACCAUGAUGUUUGCAGAUCCCAAAAGUGACAAAUCAUCCAAGGAUCGUUCCAAAGAAGAUAAGAACAAGCUUGACAAGACCUGCGGUGCUCUUCCGUAUUACAAUCCAUUCCGAAGUGAAGAAGAAAAUAGAGACAAUGAAGAGAAAAUGUGCGAAGAUAGCAAACAUGAUGAUCCAUGUGCUAAAGAUAAUAUCGAAGAAGAAUAUUACGAUCCAUGCAAAGAUGACAAAUAUGACGAAGAUAAGUAG